CAUUAAGAAUGGCAUCUCCCAAAUGUUUAUAUAUAGAGAUCCCUCCAGUUACUCUGAAUUAUCAACAUAAAAUCACAUUUCUCGACAUAAUCGUUUAGUUAGUGUUCUUUAGAGCUCUUGUGAAUGUCUUCUGAACAGGGUAGUGCAGCGAAUCCUUCAACGUCGCUAGACGUAGAAGGAACUGAAACAAUCCCUUUUCUCAGGCUUAGUCGAUCAAGAAGAAGUUCAGAAGCUCCAGCGAGGCAUCUUAGUUGGAGAUGGAGAGCCACGGCGGCUCAGAAGGUUUAUUCCUUAAAGCUUUACAACGCUCUCCGGCGUUCACGGCGGAGCACAACGGUCCGAGACACGGCCAACAAAAUGCUUGCAGCUACGGCUCGUGGUACUACUCGGUGGAGCAGAGCCAUUUUGGUGAGUCCACUCGGGAAUGGUCUGUACCGGCACAAGAAUACAAAGCCGGUGUCUACGGCCAGGGGAGACGGAGGAAGGAGUUGGAAGUUGUCGCCGGUGAGAACUCGGGUCAGAGUUCUAGGUGGGUUGGUGCCUGGCUGCCGGAGAACGGCGUUACCGGAGCUUUUGGACGAGACGGCCGAUUACAUAGGUGCGUUGGAAAUGCAAGUCCGAGCCAUGACAGCUCUAUCCAAGAUACUGUCUGAGUUUCAGCCGUCUGAUAAACUCGGCUCGGCGUUAUAGCCAAUGUGUGUAAUAUUUGUUUUGAUUAAUUAUUUUACAAUUUUUUUUUUUGUAACACAAUUAUUUUAAAAAAUUAUAAUCCGAAUAUUUUUAAUCAAUUGUUUGCAAUGAAAUUGUUUUGUUGUUUGUCGUUCGAAGUGUUUUGGUGUUAUUUCAUAAGUUUUAGUUGUAAAUAUUUUUUUUUACAAAUUUUGGACAUCAUAGUGUCUCAAAUAUUAAUAGACAAGUAAUUAUCAGAUAGUUAACUUCCAAUACAA